AUACUUUAAGAACAAUAGCGACUCACUUAGAUUUAGAUUCCACGAGACAGGACGGAUUCUACUCGGAAGAAUUACUUGACUUGUUCGAUGCCGUCGGACCAAGGGAGAAAAACAAAAGCUUCUAUAAUAAUGAAUCGACUGAUGGGCAAAUCUCACUAUUCCUACGGGACUUGUCUUCUGAUACUUCUAAGAGUAGAAUCGUUCCAGGAAAAGUCCAUAUCAACAAAUGCGAGAGUCGUCAAGUUGAAUCUUACAUUAGGAGUUAA